CAGCCUUAUCACCUGGUCGGAGGUGUCAUCAUUGCAGGUCCGGCAGUUUUAAGGGCUGUCAACCCGGCCACGUUGACUUGAGGACUGAAUGAAUCGUUUCAAUGAAAGAAGUGAGCGCACUCUAUUGCAAUCCAGGCCACCAAAUUGGACGUUGUUCAUAGUUUCACUACGGAAUAUUCCGUACCUGAAGUCAAUUCGACUCACCUACUGUUUAAUAUUCUACCAAUCAAGUCCUUCGAGCACCGCGAUUCCCGCAAAUGCCACCUCACCAGAUGUACCUCGAGCCCCAAAUGACAGGAAGCCACCUACGCAAAACAAGACUGCAGCCCUGGAGUCAUUCUCGUGUAUGAGCCUCAUUGUAGUGACGACGGCCUGCAUGAGAUCAGUCCGCCGCGCAAGCUGUCAAGGCUACAACAUUUCACUGCGAACGCAUUGGUUCAAUUGGCGCUCGUCUUGCAACCAACAAAAGAUCUUAUCAGGCCCUUCAGUCUCGCGUGUACGAACUAUUCUUAACUCCGUAAUCCGCUUAUAUAUCUACUUAGGUCGUUGCCUUUGAAAUAUUUGAUUCAGAGUGCCGCCCUGGCUUGGUUGUUCGAAUGAGCUCGAGGAGAGGUACCUACUCCGUACUUAGUAUGAUGGCUAUAGCUCGAAGAUAAGGUGACCAUGUCA